AUGCUGAGUACACUGAAGGGGUCUCCCUGCCAGACCUGGACCUGCUGCAGGACCCUGAGGAUGAGCUGCUGUGUGCCAGCCUGAUGGAUGUGGUGCAGGCCAUGCUGGGCAGGGCCCCAAUGGGGACCAAGCGCUGCUCCCGGCUCCUCAUGCCAGCCCAGCUCGUGGCACAGGUGAGGACGGAGCUGCUGCGCCUGGCUUGGAGCGAGCCCUGCGGGCUGCGUGGGGCCCUCCUCGACCUCUGUGUGGAGCACGGGAAAGCCUGCCACGACGUGGGACACAUUGCCGUGGACCCCAGUGUGGUGCCCACCUUCCAGCUCACCUUGGUGCUGCGGCUGGACUCCCGCCUCUGGCCCAAGAUCCAGGGACUCUUCACCUCGGGGCCAGCUUUCACACCGCUGAAGCUCAGCACAGGCUUCAGGGUCAUCAAGAAGAAGCUGUACAGCUCCGAGCAGCUGCUCAUUGAGGAGUGUUGA